GGACAGCGAGAUGGCAGCAGCUAGAUACGACCACUUGACAAAAGCAGCAAUGAUGAUUGGACAGUGUGUAGGCGUGCUGGUGCUGGUGUGUAUGCUCGGUAUGGCUCUGUCUGCUGUGGUCGACCCCGUGUACACCGGCCACUCUUCGUGCAAUAUCAAGGUCAUUAACAAUGGCCCGUCCGGCUGCACCAUGCCGGCCCACAUCGGAGAGGACAUCUACGAGAUGGCCAAGACUCAUCAGCUGGUCAUCGAGGGGAGGGUCUCGGAGGUCUCGCUGGUCAACACAACCGGCAACGUUGCUGGUCUGUCUCUCUCCACCACCCUGUGGCAGCCGAUCGGCAAGGGAUCGGCUAUCGGCGUGUGGAAUGAGGACACCCCGCUGGCCAACAUCUCGUCGACUGCAGUCUACUCUGGCGCGUAUGCGCUCCAGCUUGAUACGCCGAUCGAUGACGGCAAGCGCUUGACGUGGUCUGUCAACGGCGGGCUCUCGUCCUCGGACAAGAGCGCCGUCUGGUCAACCCAUCUCAGCCUCCGCCUCGAGAUUGUUGUCGGCUUCUCAAGCGUGUGCAACGGGUCCGACUGCCACAACUGCGUCUCCGACCCGUCGAUCUGCCGCUUCUGCCCGGCAUCCGAGUCGCGCUCGCGUGGCUGCUGGCCAACCUCGUUCUCGCACACUUGCUUCGACUCGAUUGCCCAGUGCGACGCGCCACCGCCGCCCGCGCCGUCGCCAUCGCCGAGCGGCUUGUCGACCAGCAAGAUGGCCAUUGCUGUUGCCGGUGGUGUCGGCGGCCUCGCUGUCAUUGCCGCUAUCUUCUUCUUUGUCUGGCGUGCCCGUGCGUCGAAGACGGGCUCAGCCGAGGGCUCGGCUCUGCUCAAGCCGUAGCUGCGUCGGUAAACCACGACCUUUU